UUAUUGAUCUUUUAUGAUUUUGAUAAACAAGCAUGGCGAAUAUUGACAGCCUCCGGUUGCAGAAAAAGUUCCCCAGUUUACCGGAGACUGAAACUUCUGAGCAAGUUCAAGAAAGAGUUUUGAAAUUAGCAAGAGUAACAGUAUAAAGGAUGUCUGAUAACAAAUUACAGUUUCCGCUCACAGUGUGCACUGAUGGGGAAGAAUUUAUUAUCAAUAAAGAAGAAGAUCCAACAAGUCCAAAUCAGUUUCAUCAUGAUUAUGAUGGGGAUCGUGGAAGAUCAAAAAGGAGGCGCAGAUGUGGGCAGUGUGGACCAUGUCAGGUUAAAGAAAACUGUAAUAAAUGUAAUUUCUGUCUAAGAAGGGAUGUUCUAAAACAGACUUGUAUAUACAGAAAAUGUGUUUAUUUGCGAUCAAAGCCAAAACCGUAUCCAAGUCCUCAAGGUGGGCAAGACUUAAAUAAUGUUACUUCGCCCCCACCAAGUCAGUCUGUUGUUAAAAAUAAUAGAACACCACCAGCAAGCAGUCUGCAGGACGGACCAAUUGUUUCCGGGCAUAAUGCCCAAAUAUCACAGACAUCUGCUGGAACAUUUAAUCCAUUUACACCUGUCAGUUCUUCAGGUGGACCCAACUUUUCAUCUAGUGAUUCAUUAUUUAAACCACCAGUUCCACAAUUCUCUCAUCCGUCUCAAUCACAGAUGGGUAUAAGUUCUCCAGAAAAUGUAUUACCGCCGCAAAUACCUCCAUAUAAUCCACAGACUAUGCCACAAAUUCAUAGCGGCCACAGUUCAAUGACAAUGCCACCUUGUGUAAAUGACAAAAUGCUGCCACGAGCGUCACAAGAAAGUUCAUCAUUCUCUAGUCCUUUUAAUCAUCAACAUGUUCAAAAUGAUCCAUUAAGAUACGACACUUAUUUCAAUCGCUUUAGUCGCACAACACCAGCAAAUGAUCCACGAACAAACCUUCCAUCACCAUGUAUGCAUCAUCCAGGAUUACCAUCACCUUAUCAUGGGACCACAGGCCAUGUUGACAGAGGCCCUUAUAAUGGACAUUAUGUAAGACCACCAACUAUUCCACCAUAUUUACCACCAAAUUCUAACAUGCUGAGACAUUUUCCAUCACUACCUCAGAGGUACCCUAUGCAUCCGCCCCCUCCCCCUACAGGGAGAUAUGGUGAUGGGUAUUCCGAACCCUCACAAUAUCAAGCUGCAUAUAACAGCUAUGGACUGCAGCCAACAGAUAUGCAAAUGCCUAUUCAUGGUAUGUCUCAUCACCAUCCAUUUAAUACAUUUAGCAAUAUAAACCGCUACCAACCUCCACAGUAUGAACAAUCAAGUUCGUGUCCAAAAAACGUCUGUGGCCCUCCUGCAUUUCCGAGUUUAGCUUUGGGUACACUCCGGGUGCAGGAGAGGCCUCAAGGUAUCCACAAUUUCAGAUGUAACCCAUUCUACCGACCGUUGCCUUGGGAAAAACAUUUCUUUCAUCCAAUUCAUCGACCAAAUUCUGCUAUGAGUGAUGAUAGGAGCAAAAUGAGUUCUACUUCUUCAGGAUUUGAAUGUGAUGUGAUAUGUAUAGACGACAUGCAAAUGAAUGCAUAUAUUCGAUCUGAUGGUUGUAAUAGUAUUGAAAUAGAAAUAGAAGAUCCUCAGUCUCCAAAUGAACAAAAUAAAUAUGAUGAUGUUAAAAAAGGAAUAUCAAUUGAACCUGAUGUCAACUGUAACUAUAAAACUAAACUUUGUUCACCAAGAAAGAUAACUGUUACAGGAUUAGUUACAAUAAAACAGGAUUUGGGAGAUGAAGGUCUUCUUCAGCUAGAUAUUCCUGGGAACAAGGUCACCUUGGAGGAAAGUGCAUUAGAUUUUUCUUUAGCCAAAUAUUCAUGUAAUAUUAUUGAUUUAUUGAAGUUUAUUGAAACUGAACCAAGAAAUGAGUUAGAAACACUUAAUGAAAUUCAGUGUAAUUAAAACAAGGUCUUCUGAAAAGAAAGUCCAUUCACAUUUUUUUCGCCAAAUAUUUAUCUUAUAUUGUUGAUUUUAAAAACUUUUUGAAACUGAACAUAGAAAUGAGUAAGAAACACAAAAAUGUAAUUUAAUUAAAUUUGUAUUAGCAAGAACAAAAAUCAAGAUCAUAACAACAAUGAAUUAUAACCUGUAUGAAAUCUAUUAUGUUUCUAUAGAACAGAGAAUUACAACUCCCAUAUGAAAACAAUUUUUUUUUAUAUAAAUAACUUAAUGAGGAUGAUAUAUGUCCAGUUCAAUUAUUUUCUCCUUUAACCCAUGUUUUGAUGUUUUGAUUUUUCAGGAUAUAUAUCUGUGUCAAUAUUUUCAACAAUACAAAAUUUUCAUACAAAAGUAAAACCCUGACUACAUGCACUACCACCAUAUAACCAUGAUUAUAUAUAUUUCAAAUUUUAUUUUUAGUUCUGCUGGCCCAUAAGACCACUUUUUGUCAGUGAAAUUCUUAAAAAAAUCUUCUCUGAUACAUGUAUCACCAAAAUUGAUCAUCAUGAUCUAUGGUUGUGUAGUUACAGAACUAUAUUUGAAGUUCCCAUUGUUAUUGGGCUUGUGUCUUUUUUUCAGAUGUUUGUGCAUGCAUGUUUAAUAAUAUUUUUUACAUGAAACAAAAGAUUUUUUAUAUUUCCAUACAUUAUUUUGUACAUGUUAUACAUGUAUGGAUUAUCUAACAGUAGAUAUUGUACAGAAAUCAACAUUUUUAAAUGUAAUACAUGUAUAUUUAUUUUGUAUAUAUAGACAUUUAUUGAAUGAGCUGAAUUUAAAUUUAAAUGUUCAAUAUAUAGUGCUGUCUUAAGUGUGGUACCCUUGUUGAUAGUUGAGCUUUAUUAAUAAACAUAAUUUCUUAACAUCCCAGACACUUCAGUAAAGGUUAUGAGGCAGGGAACACAUACAUGCCACUCUUAAACAAAUGGAAGGACACAGUAAAUUCAGAAUAUUUUGGCAAUGUUUUUAUUUUUGCAAAAAUUGGUAGGUUUUGCAGAAUAAAACUUACACUCAAAAUUUUUAAAGCAUUACUUGCGUGCAUCAUAUCCUGAAAUCGUGAUAAUUUUGACUUACAUUUUUGUCCAGGUAAAAAAUUUCUGAAUUUGCAGUACUUCAUAUGCAUAUAUUUUUUUUCAACCAUGUAGGGUUGGCAUGUCCUAAAUACCGGUAGAUAGUUUCAAUUGACACAAUUUGAGCAAGAGUUACUUCCCUUUUGUCCUUGCACAAAUUUCUUCAUAAAUCAGCCAAAUUAAACUUUGUUUUGCUGACUGCUAGACUUUAGAAAAAGUAUUUUUCUGAACAAUGUUAAUUCCUUUAAGCCUUGCUUGAUUAAUCACUACAAUCUAGUAAGGUUCUUUUAUCAGACUUGUUUGUACCUCAUGUUUCAAUUACGAUAGUCAAAUAGGAAAAUCAACCAUUUACCCUGCCAAAGUAGCAGCCAAGGGAAAUAACUCAUACUCCAAUUGUGUUACUGGUAUAUUGAAACCUAUCUAUAUGAGAAAAGUAACAAAAUCAUUUACUCAACGGUUCUGCUGUAAGGCCACCCUUAAAAAUUUCUGUUUGAUGUUGCCUACCAAUGCCUUGUAGGGUUGGGAAGGUAGGUAGGGAUUUUAUUUUGUUUUGGCCAACACCAUAAGUUGCAUGGUUGAGACAAGAAAACAACGUUAGAGAAGGAAAAAUCUUUUUUUUAAAUUUUAAACAAUGUGUCAUAAAAUUUUCGGUUAAGCGGCUUUAUAGGUGGGUAGGUAGGCAAAAUCAAACAAUUUAAAUUUUAUUUUUGGCCUAAGUAAUUUUUUGUUAAAACAGUUGUAUUAUGACAAGAAUAUACAGAUAUAUAUCUGUUGAUAUUCAUCUAACCCAUUAAGCAAUAUUCAUAUUCUGGAUGAAUGGUACAGUAUAAAAUGAUUUUUCCUGUUUCCAUAUUUUAUAGAAAAAACAGGUCUAGUUAGACUCCUCAGUCUGGUAGUUAAUAUUACAAUUUUUAACGAAAAAGCAAGAAUAAUACAUAAUUUUGACAACUCAAAAAGCUUACUGUUUUGUGUACAUUUAUUCUGAGGACUUUAUUCUUUUUUUUACAGAUAUAUGUAAUACUUGCAUAAUUGUUAAAAAAAAUCUACACUUAUAUGGUACUUUUUAGUUUCUUGUAUAUCACAAUGAUCACUCAGAGCUAAAAAAUGAAAAUGGAUUUAGAUAAAAAAAAAAAAAAACUUACCUACACCAAAUGUAAAAAAAAAAAUCAAUUUAUGAUGGUAUCUUUUUUCCAUUUUCAUUCAUGUUGAAAUUACCUUUUUUUAGAAAAAAAUUGUGUUUCUUUGAAAGUUAUUGAUCUCAUUCUGUGUUAAAUGCAUACAAAUGUCAUUCUUUGUGUAUCAUAAAUAGAUAUGAUGUAAAUCCUGUAAAUUAAAAAUGAAAUUUUUUCGGUCAACAUAAAUGUACUGAUCUUAAAUGCUACUGUUUAGAACACCAACAAAGGUUGUGAUAAAAUUUGUUUAAUAGUUCAUUAUAAUGAUGUUUAAUUUUAAGAAUUUCACAAGUUUUGACAAGCACAAUGUUAAUUUAUUUAUUUAUUAAACUGUUAAUUGUUACAUUUAAUAUAUGUCACAAUUUUUUUUUAGUAAAUCAUGCAUAAUAAAUACAAUUAUAUAAGUGCUAUAAAUUAAGUUAGAACAAAUCACAUGGAAUUUAAUACUAUUUGAAUGCUAAGCUAUCCACAUUUACCACACAAACAGUUGAUUUUGCUUAUAAUUAAUCCAUGUAAAAAUGUACCAGGAAGUCUUACUUGAUUCAAAUAACUUUCCACACAUAAUUCACACGUUAUUACUGGCUGUUUGAUAUUUCUAUCAACAAAUUCUUGAUAUAUCAGUUACUGAUACAGGUGGUGGUUUAUGUGGAUUGUGUACCUUGCAAAUAUUAUGAAACUGUGUGGCCUGAUUCUAAUGAAAAACAUAUGUUAUAGAUAUAUUUGAAUAUGGAAUAAUGAAUUUUCUGGCCAUUUUAGGUGUACAAAGGUGAUUUUUUAAGUUCAAGAUCUUAAGAGGUAUUUUUUUUUCAUUUUUGUAAACCAAGAUCAAAAAGUUAAAAACAAAAACAAUCCUCUAUCAUGAUUAGAAAAUGACAAUAAAAAUUCCCCAAAUCCAUAGUUCCUGAUUCUAUUAGAAGAAUUAUGUAAAUUUAGAUGCUGUACAUUUUUUUUCAUUAUGAAAUGUCAUAUUAGUUUGACAACAUGAUCACACAAAUAAAAUUUAGGGCAUUAUAACUUUUAUUCAUAAAGCGUAUACAACUAGACAAAUUAUUGUAUCUUCAUGCAAUAAAAGUCUUCAACUCUGAGGUUAAUGUUGCUUCAGUCUCCAUAAUUUAAUUCGUAUCUGUGUACAUUGAAAUAAAGAAGAAGUGUGCAUUUUACAAUAUGAGGUAUACAUAUUGUUGGCAGUCUGCUUGUAACAAUACAUGUAUUUUUCAUAGAAGUUUGUGUAAUGCACUCCUAUUGGAAUAUCUCUUUGAUGACUGAAUUCUCAAAAAUAAUCCUUUCUCUUAAAAAACUUUUUUUUAUAAAAAGCUUAUGGAUCAAAUUUUUAAGUGCAAGAAAAUAGUAUGUAUGUGGUUUACUAAGAAUCUCAUUAACAUGUAUCAUGUCUACAAAUAAAAUGCAAAAGAGAAUUUUUGAUAUAGGUAAUAAUAGUCCAUUUGCCAAUUGCCUUUUUAUUUAACUAACGGUCUCACAUGAGGCAUGAUAGUACAAACAAACCAUAUUAACAGAUUUGAAUCUGUUAUUACACAAUUUUAACACAAAUUACUUCCCUUUGUCAAUCGUAGACUGGUUCUAAACCGAACAAAAUUGGCCUCUGCCAACACAAAGUAUGAUAAGUUAAAGUGGUAUAUCGAACUUUAAACCAAUUGUUAGUGAAAAAUAACUACUGAUAUCAAGUCUUUAGUUUCACAAAAAAUUAAAUGUAAUUGAAAGAUUUGAAAAACUUGAAGGUUACAUACAUUAUGUACAGAUGCGUUUUCCACUAGCUCUUCAUUGUCAAUGAAAAUUAAUUUCCCUUGUAAGGGAGACAACAUAAAAUUGGUUUCCGAAUUACAGGAUCAAUUACGGGAAUUGGCAAUUAGACUAUUGGCAAAGAUUGUAUUAUUUCCUUCUGAUCUUGUAUUGUUAAAUGUCUUGGAAUAUGUUCUUAUUUAUAUUUUUUUGUUAGAAUUUCAUUAUAUCAUGGUGCUUUUAUAUGAUCUUGUUGCAUUUUAUUAUUUUAUACAUUUGUUCAUAUACAUUUCCCUUAACAUGUGCACUAUUAUGUUGAUUAUUUACCUGUAUGAAAUGACAAUUUUAUCAUGUUUAUCAUGUUUAUAUAUAAAUUUGCAAAUGUGACUGUAAUUUCACUUUCCAAAAAAUACUAACUUGCUAUUCAAGAUACAAAGUUAGCACUAAAAAUAAUGCAUUUAGACUUGUAAAUUGAUCAUGUCUGAAUGCAAACUAUUUCAUUGUUCUAGAACAAAAGGGAAAUGAAGAACUUCUUUUAGAGUUCUUGCGAUUCCUUCAAUUUUCGUAAGUUAACUUGAUUUGUCUUAUUAAUUGAUUUAUGAAAUUUGAAAAAGGUAAACUACUGCCUAAAUUUAUCUGAAUAAUUUUAUGGGUUUACUCCCCUUGCAAUGAAAAUUCCAUUAGCUUCAAGAAAAAAAAUUUGUAGACAGGGCAGAUUCAUCAUCGUUAAUCUAUAUUUUGAUUAUCUCCCUUUCAGUAUUAGAAAAAAUGUAUGAUUUGGUAUUUGGCAUCCUUUUCUGAGGGCUUCAUGUUAAUAUUUUCACAAAGCUUGGGUGUCAUUUCAUGUCAUAUGGUUAGUAUAAAAAAUGAUGAACAAUACUGUAUGGUUCAGAUCAGAAAGCAAUUUUCAUGUGUUGUAUUAAUAAACGACAAAACCCACAUCCUAUCAGAAUUUAGGAUUAUUUGGAUUGAUUGAAUAUAUUUAAGUUGGUUCAUAAAGAUGAUAAGGUUAACUGCAAGUAAUGUUUUUGUUCUUUCUAGUGGUUUUCAACUAUCCCUUUUUAUAUCAGUAACAAUUUUAAACCUGGCUCCAAGGGUGGUGGGGUGGAUGAAUUAUUUACCUUUGUCUGUCUGUCCAUAAUAUUUUCUAGUCACAUUUUCUCACCAACUGAUCAGACCUUCUUGAUAUUUGGUACCAAGCUUUAUAUUGGUAAGCUUUACUGUGUGACAAAAUUUCAGGUCCACCAAUUAUAUAAUUCCUGUUUGCUGCAUACAUUAUAAAAAUAAGAAUAUGUAUGUUCUCCACAUUGAUGCACAUAAAACAAUUCAUAAUGUUAACAAUGUUUAAUUGUGAAAAUAGUAACAUAACCAUUACAUGUACAAAUAUGACAGUUGUAUUAGGAUUGGAAAACAAUUGAAUUUUCACUUUUACAAAUUAUCCAGAAAUUCUUUAAGAGCCUGGAUAUAAAUUAGUAAGCAGUAGCUUACUUCAUUUUGAUUAACUCCUCAUUCUUAACUGCAGAUAAUAUUGAGUAAUAGAUAUAGAGGAGCUGAGUUGCCCUUAUAGAGAAUCAAAUAUGGUUAAUGCAUAGAAAUUUUAAGAACAACAAAUAUAUAAAUCAUAAAGAGUUGGCUCCCCUUUUCAAAAUUCUGGAUUCACCACUAGAUUUGGGUCAGUUAAUUGUAAUGAAUUGUUUGAAAUAUUAUCAAUGUAUAAUUCCUAAUAGUUCCUUACACUCCUCCUUUUGAUAAAACUCUCUUUACAUUAUCAUUACAGUACUUAUUGCAUUGAAGCAUUAUUAUAUAUUAUGUCAUUGUUUUUCACAAUAUUGUAAAACCUGGAAAUAUUGUAAGUGUAUUUGUAUAUAUACAUAUGUAAAAGAAAAUAUUGUUAGAAAUUAUCGAAUGACAACAUAAUUUUUGUUUUAGUGCAAUUUUACUUAAAAUAGGUUGUUUUUAUUCUCUUAGCAUGCUUUUAUGAAGAAUUUUUUCAACAAAAAUCUUCAAUAAAAUGAAAAAAAAUAAUAAAAUGUUCAGCUACAUG